AUGUUUCAUUUAUCAUUUGUUUUCGGAAGGAUCAAUUAUCCAGCGCAAAGAGUCAUGUCUUCAGUAGUCAGGCCAAUUGUUAUCUUUGUUUUGGGUGGACCUGGAGCUGGCAAAGGCACACAAUGUGAGAAGAUUGUAAAGGUAGCGGUGAAAACACAUCCUUUCUAGCUAAAAUACAAACAAAUAUUUAAUUUGAAGCUUAACAACUGACCAUGCAAACGUGGCAAUCGAAUUACUUCCUCUCGUCACAGUUUUCAGUCUUUGAUAAUAAUGCGUAGUUUGAUUUUGAUACUGGCUGUAAUAUCGUUAAAGCAUACCUUUUUGAACAAAUAACUUUGUUGCUACUAAUUGAAAGUUGUUUAUUUCAAACCACUCUGUCACAAUAUUUUGAAUAUUUCGCUUAAAAACAGUCCGCACUUUCGAAAAAUUUACACUUAGUGGUAUCUAUAAUAUUAUCCAAGGCUUUAUGAUGCACUUUUAUAUGCACUUCUUAUGCCAAAAAGUAGAACUUCUGACUUAAUGGGCUGUUUACAUCCGUACACACCCCGGUUAAGGACUUAGCUUUUCUUCUUACCCUUGAAGAUUAAGUCUAACUAAACAACCAAACUAAACAAGGUUCCACUGUAUUAAUUUUGUAGUUUUUCAUAAUACCAGUUUCUUGUCUUAUCUGUCUGUAUGUACAUGUCAGGGCUACUUUUUCAUUCUAAAUGCAGUAGUUGCAGUAUUUUAUUGUAGGAAUUUGGAUACAUUCAUUUAUCAGCAGGGGAAUUAUUAAGAGUGGAAAGAGCUAGUGGCUCAGAAAAUGGAGACCUUAUUGAAACUUGUAUGAAGGAAGGAAAGAUUGUUCCUGUAGAAAUCACAAUAAGCUUGAUUGAAAAGGUACAACAUUUUGUUUUGAAUGUUUGUUUUGGUAUUUUGUUUUGUUUUCACUCUGUGUUGUUGUUGUUAUUGUUGUAUAGUAGUAGUUGCUGUUGUUUUUUCUGCUAUGAAAAAGUUGAAUUUGAGCGAGUUUCUUCUUUAGAGUAUGUCAUUGUAUGUAAAGUAGGCUUUCUUGCCAUGACAUGACAAAUAUUAAGAGCUCUAAGGACAACAGAAGCACAUCUAAAUAUUGACUUCUUGGUGGAAAACUACUGACAUAAUAUUUAAAUUUUCAUUCUAAUUUAUAAUAACCUAUUCUUAACUUUAUUAUUACCAAAGUAAUAUUCUUCUCUGUUAAAACGCAGUGUAAAGCCUCUGACAGUAGACAUUUUUAAUUAUAAAAUUGUAAGUGGUUUGAACCCAGAACUCAUCUUGGUGACUAUGUACUUGUACUUCCUGAGUAGAGAGUGAUUGACUUUUUAACAACCUCUGCAUUAAUUUACCAUCAUCAAAGUUGAUGGUAAUACUAAACUUGCUAUUUUUAAGGUAAUCAGGUCUUUGUUAUUUUGCUAGGCAAUGAACAAAAGUAGCACAAAGAAAUUCCUCAUAGAUGGGUUUCCAAGGAAUGAAAAUAAUCUUCAAGGCUGGCAUAAAGUUAUGGAUGGAAAAGCGGAUGUGAAGUGUGUUUUAUUUUUUGAGUGCACAGAAGAGGUAUGUACUUUGACAGUACAAUCAAUUUGCAUUUUUGUUGAAAAUGUAGUUAUCUGUUGUUAUGUCGUGCAAGUCUGUCAUGACUAUAUCACUCCAUAUCAUCAUAUAUAUUAUAUGUGAACUCUCCCAAAUUAUCUGUAAGUCUCCUGGAUAUAGCACCAAUCUCCUGGUCUUCUAUAUGGGUCACCAAAUCUCCCGCAUAGAAUCAAAUUUUGAGCUUUUCUGGGCUGUACCCAAAUUCGAUUAUUAUUAUUAUUCAUAGUGUGGUUUCGGGGUCAUUUUUGCACAUAUUAUUUAGUCACUGACAAAUUUACAGUAUAAGAUUACAAUGUAUUUCGACAUUACAGUAAUAAAAGCAAAUUUUUAUGUAAGACUUCAUACGGUGCCUAAUAAAGCUACACCCAUGCCCAGAUUCUCAAGUGCCUUAGAAAAGGAGCAAACACAGGAAGACCUUCAGGAUAAAAUUGGUCAUGUUGUAGAAGAACUAAAAAAGACAUAGACUAGAAUGCUCUUUUUUUUUUGCACUGAAUGGAAUCCUUGAGAAAUGGGAAAUGUGUCCUUGAAAGUCCUUGACUAGUCCUUGAAUUGUUUGUUCAAAAAAUGGUAUGAACCCUGUAAUGUCUUAAUUCUGCUGUACUGAAUGCAAUCCAUUUCUUUUUCAAAGUGAUUAACCAUGAAAAACGUAAAGACAGUGUUUGUUAUUGUCAUCAGGGUGUCUUAAUAGUUACCAGAAGUGAAAAUGUUUAUGUUGAAGGUUAAUACAUCAUUAAACAUCUCCCUGAAAACAGGAAUGUAUUAAGAGAAUAAUGCUGAGAGGAGAGUCAAGUGGGAGGCCUGAUGAUAACAUUGAGAGUCUUAAAAAGAGGUAUGUAUCCAACAGAAUUUUCAAUGCAUUCGCUCUUGUUAUUCACUUGGUUUUAACGAAGUGUUGCUUGUGAAUUGUAUUUAAUUUUCCUUUUCUUGGUGAUUAUUGUCAGUCAGAAGGCAAUUCGUAUUCCUUAGGCAGUGUGCUUUCUUUGGUUCCAAAAAUGGCUGGUGUGUCAGGGAACUUCAUUUCGGGUUUUGUGUGUUGCUUAGAGGAAUGCAUUUCAUGCUUCUAUGGCAUGCUUGCAGCUUCCCCUGAGCUGUUGGCAUUGUUUGUGCCUUGCUAUCUUAUUCCUUUGCCUUCAUCUUGUCUGAUCCAGCGCAUGCAGUGCUAAGGAGAUCAGAAAGGCUCGAUCUGCCAAAACUAUUGUCCUACCCCAUGAUAGUGGGGCAAUAAGUGAGGCUGUAUGUAUUUGUGCGUGUAACCCAAAGUUGCUAAUUGCCUGCCACAGGGCUGUGUCCUCAUUACUAAGCUGUCUUGUUGUUUGUUGAUUUGGACUGCGUGCCUUAUUUUAUUGCGUGACUUUUCAUGGGUAUUUAACUUAGCAAGUGGUGACUUAAAUGCUGCAAUAGGUGCAAAACGAUUUGUUUCCACUUCACAGAGGACUUAUUCAAGAGUUGUCCUCUCCUUAUUGAGUAGAAGUAAAGCUUGAUUAAAUUACCCAAUAUUAAUUUUAACUGCCCAAUCAAUAUACCCUUGUUUCAUAGGUUUCACACAUAUGAAACACAAACUAUGCCAAUUAUCCAACAUUAUGAGAAACUAGGACUUGUGAAAAAGAUCCAGGCAAUUAAAUCACCAGAACAGGUA